AUGAAGAUUGUACCGCCCAACUUUGGAUACGUGGAGGAGCGUAUAUAUCGCUGUGGUGCGCCAGAGCCCACCCACUAUGGUUUCUUGGCCUCUCUCAAGCUACGCACUUGCGUGCUGCUGACAGAUACCCAUGAUGAGUGCUUUCUGAGAUGGCUGCGAGAGAACGAUAUCCGAACAGUCUGUCCUCUUUUUGAAGAUUCUAGAUCGAACACUCUUGGUGAUGAUAUGGCCUGCGUGGGUUACCAUAGCGGGAGUAUGACUCUUUCAGAGCCUGUUGUUGUAGGCAUUUUACAUGUGCUGCUCGAUCCUAUUAAUUACCCUUUAUUGCUUACAUGCAGCAUGGGAAGAUACCGCACAGGCAUUGUUUGUGGAUGCCUACGUAAAUUACAAGGCUGGAGCUUGGUUUCUAUUCUAGAAGAGUAUAGACGACAUGCACAGGAUAAAAGCCGAGCAGAUAAUGAGGAGUUUAUUGAACUCUUCGAUAAAGAUUUGGUUAGUCUAGAGCUUCGAGAUGGACGGAAGCCAACUAUCCUCUAUGCUUGCAACGUCUGA